AUGUACAAAAGCAUGCGUUCCAAGUCACCUGAGAAGAGUUGCUUGCAAAAACUUGCCGUCCGCCCAACAUACAGAACCGAGACCGACUACAAUCCGGAAGCGACGCCGCAGUAUUUUCAGGUGUCGGUGAACGUUCUAGAAGCGAAAAAGCUAGCUUGGCACAAUCCUCAGUCAGCAAAUUCCUACGUUAUCAUUGUUCUCAAUAAGAAGAAACAUCGCACCAGCAUAAGAAAGAACAUGACGGAGCCGUCCUAUAGAGAAAGCUUCGUGUUUGAGAUGUACACGAGCAUUGAAGAAAUACGCCAGAUGUGUUUGUGGCUGGCCGUCAUGGAGCCACGCUGUUGUGCACCGCCGAGACUUCUCGGCGAAGCGAAUGUCGACCUGGGUUCCAUCUGGUUGCAGACACAUCAUCAAGUAUUUCAUAAGUGGGCGCAGUUGUGCUCGCCGCGGGAUCCCGCCGCUGGGCCAGUGGGCUUUUUGAAAGUUGAUAUCUCUAUCAUUUAUAGAGGUGAACUACAACUACUACCAGUAAUCGCAUCUAAUGUUGAAGAUAGAGAAGAAAGUCUCCUUCUGCCCAUUGGGUCCGAACAACAACGGGCCAAUUUUCUCAUAACCAUAUAUAGCGCUUUCGGCUUACCAAAUGGAACUCAUUGCCAUGGCGACAAGCGAUAUGGGAAACCGCCGUCAACAUUCGUCAAAGUUGCCUUUUGUGGACUUGUGGCGAAGACAGCCAUUCAGCAGAGAAGCACUCAACCGAUGUACUGUGAACAAAUAUCAAUGGUCGAGUUGUUUCCUAACAUGAAUCAACUUAUACGCUUCGAAGUGUGCGCAGCGGACGGCUGUUUUAAUAAAGUACUUGCAAGCACUUAUUUGAAGCUCGGCCAAAUAUCUCAUGACGGUGAAAACGGUUUCCUUCCAACAUUUGGUCCAUCUCUUCUGCAUAUGUACGGAAGCGCUUGCUCUAAUACUGUGGGCGUUACUUCUGAAGACGGGCCAUUCCAUCGCGGCGCUUUACUUGUAUCUCUCAAGACUAUUGUACCGUACUAUAAGCAGCAUCUUAGAGCCACGAGCGUUGAGCCUGUUGGACAUAUACGACCGGAUAACCAUUGGAUAUCCGGAGAUUAUUGUGUCUUUUGCCCACUUCUGGAGAUAUCUAUGGUCGAUAAUGACUUGGUACCAAAGACUUGUGGCGUUGCAAUAUCUAUGGGUGAAGUUUACUGCGAACAAAGAGCUGAUGAAGAAUUUUUAACACUGACGGAGGAAAUAAGACACAGAAAGCUCUAUUAUACUGGAUAUCUCGAUGUGACAAAGAGUUCAACAGUGUACGGCCACGUGGAGUUUCCAAACGCCUUCCCUGUAUUACAACUGGCGACGAGACUCCCGGACUUCAGAUUUAGAAUGUUUAGAAACAACAUGAUUAAUUGUAUUGUUCAGCAUAUUGAAUCAACAACGAGAGAUAUAGAAGAACGUCUCGAGAGUUGUGAUUACACCAGUCCAAUGGAUCUGUUAGAUCAACUGAGCAAAGUAAUAGACGAUACAGCGACUGGUAUCGUCAAAUUCUUGGAGUUUAUCGAAUAUCCAUCUUUCUCAAAAAACUUCUCUGAAAGCGCCUUGCGUCAUUGCGGAACCGAACUUGAUAUGAAACAAAACGAUCUGCAAAAAGAGGAAAUGAUUAAAAUUCACAAAAAUUUAAUGAAAAGGAAAGAUAGUGCAUCCGAAAUAACUUUACAUUCGAUGGACAAAUUACCUAAGGAUAGUUUUAUUGGAACGAAAAAACUCGUUAAAAUAUUAUUAACGGAGACGAAAUCGUUAGGGCAAAGUAUGAAAAAUCUCAUGUCCAAGACUACUGAAGGAUGGCCAGAUCUUGUCAUUUGGUUAUUGAACGGUGGGAACAGGGUAGGUUUUGCCAAAAUACCUCCAGCAGACAUUAUCUACUCGCCGAUAUCAGAGCAAAGUGGGAAGAAUUGCGGUAAAAUACAAACGAUUUAUUUAAAGCCUUUAAAGUGUCCAAGACAUAUAAAUACAUUGCCAAGCAGUUGCUACUGUAUCGCGGCUAAGUUGGAGUUGAUUACGUGGAUGGGUACAUUUCGGGACAAGUCGGCGUUUGAUAACUUCAUGCCUCAAGGUUACAAAGUCAGAGUUAAGGAUCACGAUAUGUGUGUUCGAGCGUCCACUAUGAUGGUUGAGUGUCGCGCCUUUGUGUACCGAGCUAAAAUAAGUGAAGCUAACGAAAGUACCCCGAUACACCCCUUUCUUAGAAUCAACUUUAUGAAUUCUGUUAAGGAAACUCAAGUUCGAGAGAAAACCACGACACCGGUAUGGAAUCAAGUGCUCAGGAUACACAGGAUCCAGUUUGCAAAUUCGCACAGACUUAAUAUCAGUCCACCAACUGUUCUGGUAGAAGUGAACAAUUGCGAUAUCGAGGACAAAAAUGAAUUGAUCGGACGAUUCGAAUUGACGCCUGUAGUUGACGAUCGAACGGACUAUGAAUACGCUCCGAAACUGAGAUGGUAUAACAUAGCAAUUGGUGCAGAAGUCACUGGACAAGUUUUGAUGUCAGUACAAGUGCUGCAGGUUCCAGAAAAAUUAUUAAAGUCAACAACAUACAGCCCCAUUGAAGAAACUUUCUUUGCAUCUGGAAUUCGGGACUUCGAUAACGUCGACGCGAUUGAACCUUUGCCGAACACACUUAUUCCUAAAUAUAGCACUUACAAGGUUGACAUUUACUGGUGGGGUCUGAGAGACGUGACGGUUACAAGAAAACCCUGCGUUGUCCUUGAAAUUGAGGAUCUAACACUUAAAUCUGACAUAAUAUUAGAUAAGAGGAAUAGUUGCAAUUUUCCUAAUGGUAGAUGCUCACAUACCUUCGAGGCACCACUUGACGAUACUCAUUAUCCACCUCUGAGCAUCCGAUUGUACGACAGUAGUACCUUUGGUAGAACGCUGUUCUUCGGAACAUAUGUUGUUAGGAAUCCACUGAAGUAUUAUGUGAACUGGUUACCCCAAGAUGAAAGAGAGGCGUCGUUGCGAAGGGCAUCUAUAAUGUCUUCAAGUUUCACUGAAGUCAGGCAAUCUUUGUACAUUAGAAAAAGCGGUCCGACGAUAAAAGAAAGCAUCGAAACCUUUAGCAACAUUGCGAUUCCUGUUAAGGCGCACGUCAAACCAAGGAAAUGGGGUAGAUUAUUUAGUAGAAGAGAGCCGGACGAAGAAGAAUAUACGCUUUUGCCGAUGUUUACGAGUAAAGAGAAGAACACUGUAAAAGAAGUACCCUCCACUGAACACAAGGACUGGUGGAUGAGAUACUUGUACUCUCAGCAGGAAGGUAUCGGUGAAGAUAAAGUCAACGCGGGAGAUAAAAUCACUAUAUACGAUUCGGAGCUAGAGUUGCAGUCUGGAUUUUCUAAAUUUAAAGACUGGUGUUCAACACUCAAACUAUACAAUGGAAACAAAACUGGGAUCCCAGAGAAGGACGAACAACUACACUGUGGUUAUCUUAAAGCCGGUAUUGCAAUAUACAAAUGGCCACCACCGUCAUCUACAGUAGCCGUUAGUCCGUAUGGUGUGGAGUUGAAUAAAGGGUAUUUUAAUGAUCAUCCAAAUAAUGAACCAGCAACAUUUUUAGUACGAGUUUAUUUGGUGAAAGCGUUUAACUUAAUAUCAAAGGAUUUCACGGGUAAAACAAACCCUUAUAUUGUACUGACUAAUGGUAACAAGCAUCUGGGAGAUCGGAAUGAUCAUAUACCUAGAACAUUAAAUCCUAUUUUCGGAAAAAUGAUUGAAUUUAGUUGCACCCUUCCCGAAGACUAUCUUUUAACUGUAGCUCUCUAUGAUUACGAUGAAAACCAAUCUGACGAAAUGAUUGGUUCAACACAAAUCGAUCUGGAAGAUCGGGUCUUUUCAAAACAUAGAGCUCGCGUUGGUCUAUCAUUGGAGUAUAAUGUAAUGGGUCCAAAUAAGUGGCGCGACUGCAUCAAACCUUCAGCUAUUUUGGAAGAUUUGUGCCAAAGAAACUAUAUUCCAUCACCAGUCUAUCCUGAUGCAACCACAGUCCUCGUGAACGGCGUUGAGUAUAAAGAGAAAAAGGUUUAUGCAUCACCAGUGGAACGCAAAGAGAACAUCUGUCUAACACUGCUGCACAACUGGCAUACUUUGCCCAUUUGCGGAUAUCAAUUGGUCCCGGAACAUGUUGAGACCAGAACUCUAUACAAUACUUCGAAGCCAGGACUCGAAAUGGGUAAACUUCAAAUGUGGAUUGACAUCUUUCCCUUGGAUUCAAAUGUGUGUGUUCCAAGUCCAAUAGAUAUAACACCGAGAAAAAUUGAGGACUUUGAAUUGAGAGCUGUUAUUUUGAAUGUUAAUGACUUAAAGUUUUAUGAUAAUGAAAAGAAAAGAUCGACCGAUAUAUACGUGAGAGCUUGGAUAGGAUCAGUGGAACAAGUUCAACACACAGACGUACACUCUUAUUAUCAGAGUGGUGUGUGCAAUUUCAAUUGGCGUAUGAUAUUCAACUUUCAAUACCAACACGCCGAAGGAAAGUUAGUUAUAAAGGAAAAGGGACCGUUCAAUGAGGUUGAAGAGCGUAUACCACCCGUGUUGAUUGUGCACGUAUUGGACGGUGAAAUUACGACAUCUGAUGAUUUUUUGGGAAAUGAAUUGGGUUCCCUCCAUUUGAAUUUGAAUUGCAUGCCACGGGGAGUAAAUCUUGCACAACUGUGCACAUUGGAUACCAUGGACAAAGGAAAGAAGAUAAGCCUCUUUUCUGUGCGCACAUUACGUGCGUGGUGGCCUUUGAAACUAAUUGAUAGAAAUACUGGAAAUGAUAAACCUGCUGGGUCCAUUGAACUGGAGUUGACACUUUUGCCCAAGGAAACUGCAAUACUCAUGCCUCUUGGAAUUGGAAGGUCUUGCUCAUUUGUCCCCACAGUGUAAGACUUAAUUACUCAGCAGCUUUAGUUUAUAGAU